GCGUUCAGAAGAACAGAGUGAUGCGUGCAAGUGCGAAAUUCACAGCAGCAGAUUGAAAUUCUGCAGCAGCAGAGGGAUUGCAAUUGGAGGUGUGCGAAGUUCUGAGCUGCGGAGUACGUUUUGCUGCGAUGGCGCGCAAUCCCAAGAAGAAGAGAGUGAAGAAGAGCUCCAAGGGCCACCAGAAUGUGCCCAUCCUCGAUGGAGAAUCAUCUGAGCAGCAACCUGUCGCUGCAGAGCAGCAGCAGCAGCCCACGAGGGUUUGGGUGCCCGGUGUGGACAAUCUGGAGGACGGGGAGGAGCUCCAGUUUGAUCCAACAGCGUAUGACUGCCUCCACGCGUUUCGUCUCCAGUGGCCCUGUUUAAGUUUUGACAUCGCCCGAGAUGCCCUAGGAGUGCUGCGAAAUGACUUCCCACACACUAUGUUCUGUGUCGCAGGAACACAGGCGGAUUUGGGCCCAAACAAUUCUAUAGUAGUGGCGAAAUUGUCUAAUGUCACGGGGGUUAGACGAGGUCUCAAACUCGCAAAUCCAAUGGACGCUGACGAACAUGAUGGAAGUGACGACGAUAGCAGCAGCGAUGAAGAAGACGAUGGCAAGGAGGGUCGAACCACUUCGUCAAAAGUUCCUGUACUCCAGGCAAGGAUGAUAGCUCAUCAGGGAGGCGUCAAUCGAAUUCGAGCUAUGCCUCAGCAGCCUCACAUUGUGGCUACGUGGGCGGACACUGGUUAUGUUCAGGUGUGGGAUAUGCUAUCACAUGUUCGUGCUCUUUCAACAGAGAACCCUUCGGAAGCCACAGCUGCGGCGACGCCCAGUUUGUUGCGGCAGGCUCCUCUUCACAUAUUUACUGGUCACAAGGAUGAAGGAUUCGCUCUUGAUUGGAGUCCUGUUAAUCCUGGGCGCCUUGUCACCGGGGAUUGCAAGAGCGGCAUUCACCUCUGGGAGCCGACAACAUCAGGGAAGUGGAAUGUUGAUAGAGCUCCCUUCAAAGGUCAUACCGCCAGCGUGGAAGAUUUGCAGUGGAGUCCUACUGAAGGAGAAGUUUUUGCAUCCUGUUCUGUUGAUGGAACGUUAAGAAUAUGGGAUGCCCGCACCCGCAGCCAACCAGCUAUUUCUGUCAAAGCUCAUGAUGCUGAUGUCAACGUCAUCUCCUGGAACCGGGUCGCGAGUUGUAUGGUCGCCUCUGGAUGCGACGAUGGAACGUUCCGCAUAUGGGAUCUUAGAUCUUUUAAGGAAGAUUCUUUUGUUGCACACUUCAACUACCACAAGGCUCCUAUCACGUCGAUAGAAUGGAGUCCGCACGAAGCAUCAACCGUGGCGGUAACCUGUGCAGAUAAUCAACUAACUAUAUGGGACUUAUCUUUGGAGCGGGAUGAGGAGGAGGAAGCAGAGUAUCAAGCUAGGCUCAAGCAGCAACAGGCCGAGGCUCCUACUGACCUACCUCCACAGCUUCUCUUUGUGCACUUGGGACAAAAGGAUAUCAAGGAGGCUCACUGGCACCCUCAAAUUCAAGGCCUGCUUGUAUCCACUGCCGCGGAUGGUUUCAAUAUAAUAAGACCGUCAAACUUGGAGAAUUUGCCAGCUGCAGUCUGAGCCGGAAAUUUAGAAAUAGCGAUAUGAUGAGGAAUUGGGAGGUACGGUUGCCCGUUGAUCUGGUUAUGAGAUCGUGGACGAUUUUGAGCUAGCUUGACUGAAAGCUCUGUAUUGAGGCAUAAUCGGAAAAUUGCUGGUACCAAUGCAGUGCCUUUGCCACUAUACGAAACCGUCUGAUAGGACCUUGUUCUGUGCACGAGAGAAGUUAGCAGACUUCCCGAGAAGCUGCACAGUUGUAGGUCAGGACAGGUUGAAACCUGUGCUGCUGGAAUGCCAGGUGGCAUCGUAAUAUUAUUGACGUUUGUCUCACCAUUCAACUUGUGUCAGAGUAAGAGAUUCGGUAAGAUGGUCUUGUUUAUGAAUCUGUCAUACCUUACUGGUUGACAUGUAAAAUGUUCAUUUUUAAAAAACAUUUACUUCAAGAGUUCCAAAUAUCCUUGAUGAUGUCUUUGCAGCCAGAUUUGAUACUGUGUAAUAGUCAAAUGUAUCAACCCUUUUGCUUUGUCUCUGUACAUGGAGGUCGAGGGCACUCAUACUGGAACUCGCCUGUUGUUGGGAUUUGGAGUUUUGAACUUUGAACAUUGAAUGGACGUUCGUUCUACUCCACGCACACACGUUUCGAUGGAAGAGUAAUGUCGAAAGCCCGAGCUUAUAUUUACUCUAAGACGAAGUCCUGCAUAAGCGAGAUGUACUGUGAAAUCAUACUCAACAGCGGAAGACUAUCAGAAGAUUAUUAGGAGUGUAUGUAAGAGGACAGUCAUUCCCUACUUACAACCAGUUUCUCAACUUCACGUUCUGUGAUCUCUGCUGCUCCAGCUCACUCUGGUUGUGCUGUUAAUACUAAACUUCUCCAUGUAUAAAAUCUGCCUGCCUCAUCCACGCCACUUUCUCUGCUGAUUUCUUCUUAAAUCGACGGAAUAUCAAGCUUUCUCCUCGUAGGCGUGAAUUUGGGUGGCUUUUGGUUCACCACUCGAUUGCUGUCGGGCAUCUCGUUGUCUUGGAAGUCCUUUUUCGCGGUUCGAUGGUGGUUUCAAGCCGUAAGACACAGUGUCUUCUCGAUGACGAUCCUUGGACGUGGAGUCCUGUGAGAAGCCAAAUUGGCCAGGGUUUCAAUUGACUCAUAAGCUUUCUGCUUCGUUAGCCGCAACCGCAGUCGAUCUGAUGACACUUUCAUCGUAGGAAUCAUCACUUGAAUUGGCUCUUGCCAGACGAUCUGAUGACAGUCUAUGUCUGGAGAAUUCGAGUCCCUUCGAAAGGAAUGGAAACGGGGCGACCAAAUUUCGGCACCUUCCGAGCAAACAAUGUAAUUCUGUGCCUCGAAGAAGCUCUUCUUCACCAGAAGGACUCGUCGUCCGAGAGAUGCCUCUUGAGAAAUGCGAGACCAUCGAUGUCGGCUGCUCUCAUGGCGCAAUCGUCUCCGGUCGGGAAUUGGCACUUGUCCGAGGGCCAUGCCUGCUGCUGGGCAUCGAAGGUGUGGUGCGCGUCGGGGAAGGCCGGGAAGUCGAUCGAGCUUCCGAAGUCGCGUCUCGCAAUGUCAGUGCGCUUCUUGCAAUUGGCGUGAAAUGCAUCCUGCUCGCCCACAUUCAGCUGAAACUCCCGAUACGGCCUCCAGAACGAGGAUCCACAGCUCCAGAUUUCAUCGACGAAUCCGAGAUGAGAUCCGCA